GGCUGCUGUCAUGCAAUAAAUCUUUGUUUUGGCAGGAAUGACCCUGUGGGACCCCAAUGACCUGGAAAAGGAUACAAGGGAAAGACCACAACCCAACAGUAAUUUUGAAAUAGUAGCAUCUGAUUCAAUCGAGGAUAAAUCUUCAGCGCUAAAUGUGGAAGCCUCUCUGAAAGCAAGUUUCUUGGGUGGACUGGUACAGGUUGAGGGGUCAGCCAAAUACCUAAAUGAUCAGAAGACAUCCAAAAAACAGGCCAGAGUAACUUUGACAUACAAAACUACCACAAGGUUCCAUGAACUGUCAAUGAAUCAUCUUGGAAGAGGUAACAUAAAACAUCAAUAUGUGUUUGAUAAAGGAAUAGCAACACAUGUAGUCACAGGUAUACUUUAUGGCGCGCAAGCCUUUUUCGUCUUUGAUCGUGAGGUGUCUGAAAAAGAAAAUCAUCAAGACAUUCAAGGCAGUCUGAAGGUGAUGAUCAAGAAGAUUCCCUUCUGUUCUGUAGAGGGUAAAGGUGCCCUGAAAAUUGAAGACAAGGACACAACACAUGUUGAAAAGUUUUCUUGCAAAUUCCAUGGAGACUUUAGUCUUCCGAAAAAUCCAGUUUCCUUUCAAGAUGCAGUUGAAGUAUACCAAAGCCUGCCAACAUUACUGGGAACCAAUGGAGAAAAUGCCAUACCAGUGAAGGUCUGGCUGUUGCCACUGACAAGUUUAGAUUCUUCCGCAGCUAAACUUGUCCGUGAGAUAAGUAUAAGACUUGUUCAAGAAGCACAAACUGUCCUGGAAGACUUCAGUGAUCUGGAAAUGAGGUGCAAUGAUGCAGUGACAUCCACUACGGCACAGCAGUUCCCAGAGAUUGGCAAAAAACUUAAAGCUUUCAAAGAAAUGUGCUCUGAGUUCAAGCUGGAAUUUCAAAGAAACUUAGCAAAGAAACUUCCAUCAAUCAGAGGAGGUGGAGAAGAGGAGGCUGAGCUCAUAGAGAUCCUGAAGAAAAUACAUUCUUCUCCUUUCAACAACAAAUGCCUGAAUGAAUGGAUGGACUGUAAAGAGAGGGAAAUCAGCUUCUUAAAAUCUUUCACUAAAAUGAUGAAAAACACCCAGAUCCUCUCAUCACAAAAUCAGUUGUAUGAAGAAAGUGCAGAGCAUACUGUCUGUUUUGUUUUCACCUCAUUGGGAAAUCCUGAACUCUAUCUCUCUGCUUUAUCAAACUACUUAAAAGGAGCGACAAAAUCUGACGACCCCCAAGAUGCACAUACUCGUGAUGUUGAGAGGGAACAAUGGUACCUUUCAAAUGAAGUAGCAGAUGAAAUGAGGAAGAAAGCAAAGCUCUUCAGUGAUUUUGCAGAUGCCAACAAAGAGAAUGAGAACAUUAAGUUCUUUACAGUGGGUAUAACAAAUGAAACACAGAGAGGUUCAAGCAUCUACCUUUAUAAAGACAGCUUUGAGGUCAGUAAAAACUUUGAGCCGCCUUCAAAGCCUGAAUGUGUGACAGCAAGUGACAUAAACCACAACAGUGUAACACUGAAGAUCUCCCCUCCCAGAUUUGGCACAGACAACAUCACCUCUUACUCUGUUGAGUAUUGUGUCAAUGGAGAGGAUGGAUGGGAAAAACAAACAGUACCAAAGGCUGAUGAAGUUACAUUGAGUGAUCUGAACCUAGACACAGAGUACGAGUUCAGAUGCAGAGCAGUGACCUCAGCGGGAGUUGGGCCAACCAAUGCUGUCAGAGAUGCAAUUAAAACUUUACCUUGCAGUCCACCUGGCAAACUGGAAGUUGAAUCAAACUCUAGUGAGAUAUUAGUCAGCUGGGAGAAACCUACAGAACUUGGGCAGGAUGUCCAGAUAUUGAGCUACACUGUGGAGUAUGCGAAAAAAGGUUCAGAGUGGAAUCAAAUGAUGGCAAGAGGUGAAAAAGCAGUAAUUGAAAGUCUUCUGCCAGAGACACAAUAUGUUGUCAGGGUCAUAUGUGAUUGUGGUAUAGCUGGCAGAAGCAAGGAAAGCAUCACAGUUGAUGUCUUCACAGCUAAGCGUAAAUUUGCUCGUCUUGCUGAAUUCCUCAAACAAAUUAGCACCUCAAACCCAAACUCAGUUUAUCAACUGCCUCUGGAAGAAGAAGAUAUAGACAUAGAUGGCUGCCAGAAGUAUAUGCUUGGUAAAGAAAGCAUGAGGCAAAAUCGGACUAUUAUGGUUCUUGGAGCAACCGGAGCUGGGAAAUCCACCCUCAUCAAUGGCAUGAUCAACUACAUUGUUGGGGUUGAGUGGAAAGACAAUUUUAGAUUUAAAGUAAUUAAUGAGGAUCAGUCAACAUCACAAGCUCACAGCCAGACCUCUGAGGUCAUUGUGUACAAAAUUAACCACCAGGAGGGGUUUAAAAUCCCUUUCUCUCUGACUGUUGUAGACACACCAGGGUUUGGAGAUACAAGAGGAGUAACAAGAGACAAGCAGAUCACAGAACAGAUCCGGAGGCUCUUCAUCUCUGCCAAUGGAGUCAGUGAGAUUGAUGCCGUGUGUUUUGUUACUCAGGCCUCUCUUGCACGGCUCACAGCAACACAGCGAUACGUGUUUGACUCUGUGCUCUGCAUUUUUGGCAAAGAUGUGGCAGAAAACAUUGCGAUGUUGGUGACAUUUGCUGAUGGUCAGCAGCCACCGGUUCUUGAGGCAAUAAAUGUCUCUGAAGUACCGUGUCCAAAAAAUGAGUUAGGACUUCCCAUUCACUUCAAGUUCAACAACUCAGCAUUGUUUGCAAAAAACAGUACCUGUGAUGAAGAUGUUGAUGAGGACAAUGACGGCUUCACUGAGAUGUUUUGGAAGAUGGGAUCCAAAAGUAUGGAGAAAUUCUUCACUGCUUUGGGCAAGAUGACAACCAAAAGCUUGCUUAUGACCCAAGAGGUCUUAAAAGAACGUAAGCAGCUAGAAACAGCCAUUGAAGGAUUGCAGCCACAAGUUAAAGUAGGAUUAGCAAAGCUGGAAGAAAUUAAGACAAUCAAAGAAAAGAUCAAAGAGCACGAAACCAUCAUGACUUCAAAUGAAAAGUUUGAGAUUGAGGUGGAUAUUAUUAAGCCAGUGAAGAAACAGCUCACACAGAAAGGAGAGUACAUAACCAAUUGUCAGAAAUGUCAAAUAACAUGCCACCACCCAUGUGGUAUUGCAAAUGAUAGUGAGAAACGUGGUUGUGCAGCAAUGGAUGCAAGAGGAAUGUGCAAUGUCUGUCCUGGCAAAUGCAUCUGGAGUGUGCAUUUCAACCAGACAUACAAAUGGGAAUAUGUUCCUAUGAAACAGAAGCAGACACUGCAAGAGCUGAAACAGAAGUAUGAACAAGCUACAAAAGAAAAGUUGACUGUUCAGGGCCUGAUUGAGAGACAAGAAGAAGAGAUUGCUAACCUUCAGGACAUGAUGGUGUCCCUAAUGAAUCAGUCAGCCCACUGCAUAACUCGUCUGCAAGAGAUCGCCCUGAGGCCCAACCCUCUGACCACUCCUGAGUACAUUGAUCUGCUGAUUGAAGGAGAGAAAUCAGAGGCCAAACCGGGCUACGAGGCUCGAAUUAAGUCUUUGGAGGCAAUGAAAGAGAGGGCAAAACUCAUCUCCAAGGUAGCAAGAAAAGACAAACUCAAAAAAACAGAUGAGGAAUUGUCUGUGGAAAGAAAGGAGAAGAAAGAAAAGCAAGGCUUGGCCAAGAAAUUUCUUGAUUUCUUUGGAUUGUAGGGAAAGGCAUUAUUU